AUGUUAGUUAAUUCCAAAUAGAAUACUUGUUAUUUUAUCAUCUUAUAGUUUGAUGAAUAAAUUUCAAAGCAAAUGAACAUAUCAUAAAUUAUUAGCUAGAUUAUGUUAAGCCUUGCUGAUGGGAAACCAUAACAAAGUGUAGAGAUGAAGAGUAUAGUUGAUACAUACAAAUAAAAGACUAAAAAAGGUGUUAUCAUGUUUGCAGUUCAUAGAGGGAAAGUUGAGGCAAGAAUUGAUUUUUCUGAUAAAAUAUUUAAUGAUCCAGAAUUUACUAAAUAAUAAAGCUCUGAAUGGUAUACUCAAUAAGCCAUAGUGCUUACUAAUUAAGUUAUGGAAAGAGUUAUUAGACAUAUAAAUAAUCAUAUUAUUAUUUUUACAUAGCAUUUAUCUAUACAAUAAAAGAUUUGA